UAUAUGGGGUCGUACGACCAAUUCGAAGAAACGCGUCUACCACCCAAGGAUGCAUUCCACUCAACGCUAACGAACACGGGUAUCAGUGAUGAAGACUAUGCCUAUGCGCAAACAGUAUGGACUGCGUUUGACUGUGAAGAUCUAGGAGACUAUCACGACCUCUACCUGGAGACUGAUGUGCUGCUGUUGGCUGACGUUUUCGAAAACUUCAGAAGAACUGCUCACGUAACCUAUGGAUUGGAUCCCGCUAAUUACCUCACCUUACCGGGAUUUGCCUGGGAUUCGCUGCUGAAAAUGACGAAGGUGUCCCUUCAUCUCAUUUACGACAUUGACAUGUUCAACUUCAUUGAGCAUGGCAAAAGAGGUGGCAUAAGCAUGGUGUCCGCUAGACACGCCACCGCCAACAACAGAUAUCUAUCGGAGUACAAUCCAGACGAGCCGUCAAGCUUCAUCCAAUAUUUAGAUGCGAACAAUCUAUAUGGAUGGGCCAUGUCUCAACCCUUGCCCGUGUCGGACUUCUGCUUUGAAGCAGUGACGGAUGACCUUCUGGAGACGGUACUCGAUCAUCCAAUGGACUCUUCGACGGGAUACAUGGUGGAGUGCGAUUUAAGGAUUCCAGAUGGUGUGCAUGACAUGAUGAAUGAUUAUCCGUUGGCUCCUGAGCAGAUGAAGGUGACACGAGAUAUGCUUUCUGCAUAUCAGACCCACAUGGCAGAGAAACUAAUGGUAAGUCAUGGUCUAUCUGGUGGAUAUGCUUGUAUUAAUCUUCUAAGGUUUGUGUAUAUCUAUACUGUACUCUUGUAG